CCACGAUGCUGGUAAUUGCGGCAGGAGAAAAAAAAGCUUAGCAUCCCUUCAUCCUGCUUUCCCCGUGAGGUGGCGCCUUUGUCGACAAUUUCUGCUAUCUCUAGCGCACGUAACGCCCGGCCAACCCGCCGUUUCCAAGGUUUCCCACGUUUCCCAUCUCUUCUAAUGACUCAGCGGGUGCGGUCCGAUGGCGCCGACACCGAGCCCCCUUGCCUGUAACGGACUCUUCCAUUAUUGUGGCUGCAGCAGUGGAUCUUCGGCAGAUAGAGCAUUACGCGAGCCCGUACACCCCGUACGAAUAUAUGAGGAAGCUUAUAGGGGGCUUGCGACCCUGGAGACCCGACGGUCUGGUUCUCCUUCUUGUUUCCGCAAACGACUGGUCCGUGCGUUCAUACAAACCCCAAUCGAAAGCCAUACUUCUACUAUGCCAGCCACAACUCGCGGUGUGAAACGUUGCUGCGCGGCGGCAGAUGUUGGGAGCAAUACUGACUCUCUAUCCCGUCCUCGCAAGAACGCUAGAACUUCGAUGAACUCAAUACCAUCAAAAAGUAUAUCUUACGAGAGCAAGCCGACGACAUCAAAGUUCCUAGAGUUCCCUGCAGAGAUACGCAACCGUAUCUACGACUUUGCCAAAGAGCAAUCCUACGAAGGCUGGUGGAACCCCGUGCCCCUUCUAUCCCGGCGGCAGUCCGACCAGUCCCCCAGCCCAUGGCCAAUCAAGCACCCUCACUCAUCAGCCCGCAAUUACUUCGGCCUCACCCAAGUCUGCAAGCAAAUCCGCACCGAGUACCGGCCCCUCUGGAUGCGCAACUCCUCCGUGCGCGUCAAGCUCGAAGCCCUCAGGCUCUGGAUGUGGGUCUUCUACGCCGGCAAGCACCAGCACCAGAACGCGCCUCAGCUGCUGCAGAUUUCCUGGGCCAACGAGGACGACAGCUCGUCCUCCGAACGCAUGCUGGACCUCACGCCCUUGAUACAGCUGCGCGCGCACCGCCCGACGUUCACGGUAGAAUUUGUCGCCGACGCGCUUGUCGAAGGACUCGGACGGCCGCUCGUGAGCGGCGAACUCUGCAGCGUGUCUGGCGAGCCGCUGCUCACGCAGGAAGACCGGCAGGCCAAGUACGACGACUGGAUCCUCAUGCAGGAGGCCGAGCACAGCUAUCUCCCUGCCUUGAACGAGUUCCUGGCCCACGACAACGCGCGUUGGCUCUCGCACAUUCGCGACCACAAGGUGUGCCGCGUGAACUGCACUAUCGACAGCUGGUUUUCUAAACCCACAGUGUUCAUUCGCUUUCCGACGGACGGCAUGCCGAAGGACGACGAGAACCAGGGCGAGGGGAUCCGCGGCUACCUCAAGAAGGUGGGCAUUUUGGAUCUGCCAGCCUAUCAGGAGCUCGGCGUUGAGGUGAGCUUUAAGGUGUAGUAACAUGGGGUUCUAAAAUUGAGAAAGAGAUUUACAAGUUAUCGAAUACUAUAUCUCUGGCUUUGAAAAGUCUGCAUAGAAGUGUGUUUUGGUUUGGAGGGUUGGAAGGACUGGCAAGAUGACGGCUGCGGAUUUCAAAUGGAAGACACACAAGACGAUUAUCUGGGAAUCUCAGCGGAGGAUAAUCAGGCUUUCUACUUCAGGGCUAUGUAUCUAGAUUUUCAGGUCACUUUUGAGGUGGUAUGAGCGAGCAGACUAGAUUGACCGUGGAUGAGGUGUGACCUCUUAUGGGAAGUACAACGGGUGGCUUCAGGCUUUGGAUUUCAUGGCGGAAUAAAUUAGCCUGUCC